CAGCCACCAACAAACAUGAUGAAUUCAUCUCGGUCUACGUCUUUUCUUUUCGCGAGCUUGAAAAAUUCGAGUCGGCAUCGUCUUACACCCAAUUCUCUCGCUUCAGUGAAAUCAUUUUCUAGUUACGUUAAAAGACCCUCUUCAUGCAUUAACGUAUACAAAAGCCAGGUGUUAAAAGGUGGUGUUGUGGCACAGUUAAAAAACUCAUUUGACGUCUCUCCAUUAUUCGGCCACUCUCAAGUUCGCACUAUCAAAACACUCGAUUUUGGUGGCACAAAAGAAAUUGUCUACGAACGCUCUGAUUGGCCAAAAGAAAAAUUUCAAGAAUUCUUCAAGAAUGAUACCAUUGCUGUUAUUGGGUAUGGGCCACAAGGCAGUGGUCAAUCAUUGAAUGCAAGAGAUAAUGGAUUGAAUGUGAUUGUUGGGUUACGAAAGGAUGGACGUAGUUGGAAGGAAGCUCUGAAAGAUGGCUGGGAACCCGGUAAAAAUCUAUUUAGCAUAAAUGAAGCUAUCGAAAAAGGCACAAUUGUAUUGAAUUUGCUAUCUGACGCGGCCCAGAAACAAUUAUGGCCCGAGAUGAAACCUCAUCUGACAAAAGGCAAAACAUUGUACUUUUCUCAUGGAUUCUCGGUGGUGUAUAAGGAUCUCACAGGUGUUAUUCCACCAAAGGAUAUUGAUGUCAUCAUGGUGGCACCUAAAGGAUCCGGAAGAACCGUCCGUUCUCUUUUUCUUGAAGGCAAAGGUAUCAAUUCUUCAGUUGCCGUAUUUCAAGAUGUUUCCGGUAAAGCAAAAGACAAGGCUGUUGCAUUAGGAGUGGCCAUUGGAUCGGGAUAUCUUUACGAGACCUCCUUCCAAAGGGAAGUUUUCUCGGAUCUGGUCGGCGAGCGUGGUGUUCUCAUGGGCGCAAUUCAAGGAUUGUUCCUUGCUCAAUAUGAAGUUUUGCGUGCUAAUGGACACACUCCCUCGGAAGCUUUUAAUGAAACCGUGGAAGAAGCAACUCAAUCACUGUAUCCUUUGAUUGGUGAAAAUGGAAUGGACUGGUAUGUCGAUUGGUAUUCCAAUAAACCUGUCUUCGAAGAGUUGUAUAAAAAAGUAGCGGAUGGAACCGAGACAAAGCGAUCUUUGGAUAAGAAUUCUUCGCCUACAUAUCGUGAAGAGUUAGAGGUCGAAUUAAAAGAAAUUCAGGACAGCGAAAUUUGGACUGCUGGAAAGACUGUGCGUAGCUUACGCCCAGAACGAAAAUCAAAAUCGUAA